AUAAAACCAUAUUUACUCUAUGACUACAAUCCUGAUUAUUGAUAGUAGCCCUAGAUCUUGAAUAACAGUGAUUGCUCUGGCCCUCAACGAACCGGCUGCUGCUUAUCAGGGAUGAGACGAGAAGUAGAAGAUGUUGUGGAGUUGAUGCAGCACAUACAAUCACGGUUGCCGAUAACAGAAGCGGCCCGCACGAGCGUGUUGUCCAAGUCAUGGCUACACGCUUGGCAUACUAUUCCUAUCCUCAGGUUUUGUGUUCGCAGCGAACAAAAUGGAAACGGCAUGAAGUUGGUGGAUGUGGACCACACUCUGAUAAGGUAUCUCCGUGACAACAUACCAAUUGAAAGGUUUGAGCUUCUUAUCGACAUUGAGAACCAGGAGUCAGCUUCUCAUGCUGAAAAAUGGAUUGGUCCUGUGGUAACUACCAAAGCUUCUUGUCUCAAAGAGUUAUCCCUCUCACUCUUCCUUUAUGGUGCCCCGUUUACAUUGCCAGAUGAGAUACUCUCGUCGGGUGAAAACCUGAGUAAGAUAGACGUUUCAUCCCCGCUGAGGCACCAUUCUGUUAUUUGGAUGACAACGACUACUCCUACUCCUGUGAUCAACUGUGUGUCCCUACGAGAGCUGCAAUUGGAUGGUGUGUGCAUAGGUGAAGAGGCACUCCAUGACAUAUUGUCGUCUUGUAGCCGGCUUGAGAAGAUUGUGCUUAUACAUUCUUGCAAGGGGUUCAAAACCAUCAAGGUUAAAAACCUCCCUUGUCUUUAUGAAUUGACAAUAUCUUCUUCUUCACAAGAUGUUCAUAAUACUGCUUUGGAAAUCAGUCAUGUCCCAAAUCUCGGCGUGUUUACCUGCGAUCUACCUUUUCUAUUCAAAGCCCCUGCCCCGCAUUCAAUAUCAUUAGGAAGCAGCGUGACAGAGUUAACCCUAGGUGGUUAUGGUAUGGUAACUGGCAACGCGUGUCUGAAAAUGAUCGAAUCGGGAUUUCCUUUUCUUGAGAGUUUAACACUUGAUGAUAUGAGAUCUUGGAAGUCGGAAAGCUUCCAUUUCACAUGUGCUUCCAUCAAGAAUUUGACCCUGCGGGAUUGCCAAAGCAUGCUUACGGACAUACAAGUUCAUGCUCCAAAAUUAAAUUUUUUCUGGUUCGGUGGGGCCGCAUUGCCUACUCUCUUGUUUCCUGUCUCUAGUACUCUCUUCAAGCAAAUCUUUUCACUCAGUCUCAGCCUUCCUGUUGAUGUGUAUUUUUUUCUUAAGAUGAGGGAAGCACUCGCGUUAUCAUGCAAGUGCGACAUUUAUAUAAUAACUUACAACUAUACUACUACUAUGUUGCCAUUCGACGACAUCGACAUGGAUGAUCUAAGAACAAGGCUCCUCUUGUUUCCUCCUGCUAUGAACGUGCAACAUCUGUGGUUUGGAACAGUAGAUGAUGAAUGCCUGUGGGAACGAUCCCUAUUUUUUGAUGCAUUCUUUGAGAUUUGCCAUCCCAAGUAUGUAUAUGCAAAGCCAGACUCGUACUUCAGACAAAACAAUCACUUUUGCAGACUCAUGCUGAGGGAGGUCUUGGAGAAGAAUACCACCCCAUAUUGGCCUCAUUACCUGGAACAUGUUCGAAUAAGAAGGGAUCGUUAUCAAAAAUGGGAAACCCUAACAAAUUCCCACACAAGCCUUCUGGCUUCUAGUGUCUACAUGAUCUUCAAUCUAAAGUGGCGUUAGUUAUUGUGGGUUGGGUCAUGUCUUUUUUUUUUUUUUUUUUCAUGUUUGUUUUGUAAUAAGAAGACUGAACCGGAACCCGUAUUGGCCUCAUUACCUGAAACAUAUUCAAAUGAGAAAGACUCGUCAUCAAAAAUGGGAAACCCUUAACAAAUUCCCAGAAGCUUUCUAGACGGGUCGGCUCCUCACUUCAAUCUAAAGUGGCGUUAGUUAACCGACAUGUCUGUGUGGGUUGGGUCAUUUGUUUUAUUAUUUCAUGUUUUUGUUGUUUUAUGUAUGUUUCGUGUUGCAAACAUAUCGUUAUUGGAUAGCAAUGUUUAGUGUGCUUUAUUCUAAUUAUACAGAUACCUUAUUUUACCCAUCA